CGGUCGGUGACUCGGGCGGAGUCGGCUUUGCUUUCGGGAAACGAGCUUAAUCAUUAAGUUAAAGUACGGUAUUAAAUAAAUAAAAAAAAAAAAAAAAACAAACACACACACACAAACAAACUCAGCGUGUUGAAAUUGAGCUUACCUCUGGAUUUUACUUCCCCGAUGAAACGUCGUAUGAGGUGUGUUUUAUAGCGGUUGUGGUGAGUUGGAUCUGUUGGAGAGCUGGCUAAACUGGAGUUACGGGAAGCGAAGGAGAUUUUCUCGGCCCUGGUUUUCAUGAAUAGCUUACUAAAGUUCGCAGAUAUACUUCAGCUGCUCUCCAUUUUCACCAUUCCCCGGUUCGAGUUAUUCUGUGAGAUUCACAGGAUAAGGCCUCAUACAGAUGGGAAAAGUGUGUAUGAAGCACCUUGAAGGUGCACCCAAUCAUUGGACUAUUAGUUUUACAUAAUCUACUCUUCCUUAGAGACUACAAUGUGGAUGGUGUUAAUAAAGGCUUUAAGUCUUAGGAAGGAAAAAGAAAAAAAAAAACUUCUUUUUUUUUUUUUUUUAACUCUUGCCUCACAUCAAAAUAUUGGUUCAGAGAACCUUUGUAAAUGAUCAUUAUCAUUUUUGUGACACCAAAAGUUUGAGACGACACCAUCAAAAUGAGUGCAGAUGGAUAUCAGUACAGAGCACUGUAUGACUAUAAGAAAGAGAGGGAGGAGGAUAUUGACCUGCAUGUAGGGGACAUUCUUACAGUCAAUAAAGGUGCACUACUCUCAGUUGGUUACACUGAGGGGAUGGAGGAGAGACCAGAUGAAAUCGGAUGGCUGCCUGGCUUUAAUGAAACCACUCAGGAAAAGGGGGACUUUCCUGGUACGUACGUGGAGUUCAUCGGGAAGAAAAAGAUUUCUCCACCAACUCCCAAACCAAGACCCCCUAGGCCUCUACCGGUGGCCCCAGGGCCUGCAAGGCCAGACUCAGACUCUGAGCAAAGCUCCAGCGCUCUGGAAGACCUGGUGGAGCAGUUCGCACCUCCAGAGGUAGCACCACCCUUGCUACUCAAGUUCCUUGAGGCCAUCGAGAGGAAAGGUCUAGACAACCCUACACUCUACAGAAACUUCACUGCUGGAGGAGGGCCGGAUAUCAGGCAGUGCUUUGAUAGUGACCCUGCCUCAGUGGAUCUUGAGCAGAUGGACCUUCAGAUGUUGUGUGAUGGUCUGAGAAGGUAUCUUCAAGAUUUACCUCAGCCUGUCAUCCCCUCUUUGAUCUAUAGCGAGAUGAUACGCAUCGCUCAAGAAGUGCAGGGUACAGACGAAUGCGCACAUCAUCUGCGGCUGGUGGCCAGCUCCUCUGCACUUCCUCCGCAGUACUGGCUGACACUGCAGAGCUUGCUGCGCCACUUCUCCCGUGUAUGCCAGGCCUCAGCUGCCAACCUGCUUAGUGCUCGUGCCCUCGCUGAGAUCUUCAGCCCGGCACUCUUCAGGCAACAGCCCACCAGCUGUGAGCCCAGCCCAGAGGCACACAUCCGGAUAAUUGAAGUCCUGGUGACCAGUGAAUGGAGUGACAGUCAGGCGGCUCCAGCACUACCUCCCAAGCCACCCAAACCAAUGUCUGUCACUAACAACGGUAUGAACAACAACAUGGCUCUGCAAGAUGCUGAAUGGUACUGGGGGGACAUCUCCAGGGAGGAGGUCAACGAAAAGCUUAGGGACACUGCCGAUGGUACAUUUUUGGUCCGAGAUGCCUCCACUAAAAUGCAUGGGGAUUACACACUGACAUUGAGGAAAGGAGGUAACAACAAGCUGAUCAAAAUCUUCCAUCGUGAUGGAAAAUAUGGCUUUUCAGACCCCCUAACUUUCAACUCUGUGGUUGAGUUGAUCAACCACUAUCGGCACGAGUCUCUCGCCCAGUACAACCCCAAACUAGAUGUGAAACUACUGUACCCUGUGUCCAAGCACCAACAGGAUCAGGUGGUAAAGGAGGACAAUGUUGAAGCUGUUGGGAAGAAGUUGCACGAAUACCACCAGCAGUACCAAGAAAAGAACAAAGAGUACGACCGACUCUAUGAGGAAUACACUCGAACAUCACAGGAAAUACAAAUGAAAAGGACUGCUAUUGAAGCUUUUAAUGAGACCAUAAAGAUCUUUGAAGAGCAGUGCCAGACGCAAGAACGGUACAGCAAAGAAUAUAUUGAGAAGUUCAGGAGAGAAGGCAAUGAGAAGGAAAUCCAACGCAUAAUGGUCAACUAUGAGAAGUUAAAAUCGCGCAUCAGUGAAAUUGUGGACAGCAAACGUCGUCUUGAGGAAGAUCUAAAGAAGCAAGCAGCAGACUACAGAGAGAUCGACAAGCGGAUGAACAGCAUUAAGCCUGACCUCAUCCAGCUCAGAAAGACCAGGGAUCAGUACCUCAUGUGGUUGACACAGAAAGGGGUCCGACAGAAAAAACUCAACGAAUGGUUGGGAAUCAAAAACGACAACCAGGACGAUCAAUACUCAAUGGUGGAUGACGAUGAGGAUUUGCCACACCAUGACGAACGCUCCUGGAAGCUGGGUAACAUUAACCGCAUCCAGGCAGAGGCCUUGCUGCGGGGCAAGAGAGACGGAACAUUCCUGGUCAGGGACAGCAGCAAAGCUGGAUGUUACGCCUGUAGUGUUGUUGUGGAUGGUGAGGUCAAGCACUGCGUCAUCAACAAGACACCCACAGGAUAUGGCUUUGCUGAGCCCUACAACCUUUACAGCUCUCUAAAAGAACUGGUCUUGCACUACCAGCAUACGUCCCUGGUUCAGCACAAUGACUCUUUGAAUGUCACAUUAGCGUACCCAGUCUACUCGCACCAGAGGCGAUGAGAACUCAUGAACACACCCUUGGGACUUGUUACAAACACGGGAGUUGAGAUAGGGCCUCCCCUGGAAUGGAGACGCCUCCAGUGAGGCUGCUCCCGAGGGCUGCGUUUUGCCUUGAAACAUAUCGGAAAGCCAAGAAAGCAAAACCCAAAAUUUCAGCCACUGAGACUUUUGCCAGUCUGAAUGUAGUUUUCUUUGAGUGGAAACUGCUAAAAUGUAACUCUCUCUCCCAAACUGGAGGACUUCGGGGGCCUUUUCCAAAUGGUGCUUGUUCAUUUCAAAGCUUUACCCGCUGCUGAAAUGUGGAACAAUGAUUAAACCUCUAGAGUGCAUCUUUUUUUUACCUCUUCUACCCCCGACCUGCUCUGUGCAGGUCCCCAUUUGUGUGUGUGUGUGUGUGUGUGUGUGUACGAGAGAAUGUGACCAAAACUUACAGUAUCUGAAAGCUAUCGGGAUGUUCAACAUGUUUAAUUUUUUUUACGAACAGACCAUGGAAUCAGCUGAUCCAAUGUAGCAAGAUGGCACUUUCGAAACAGUAUCUACUUGUUUUCCUGUAAGAGACUCCUACACAAGCAUUGAUAUGACACAUCUCGCCUGAAAGGAGCAGUGUGACGAGAAGUAAACGAGAUGCUUGGCAUUUCUUUUGUGAGCAUUAUAGUGACAGACUCUAAAUCCAUUUCUGCUUUAUGGACUGGCAAGAAAGGAACUGAAACGGACUUCAAACUGUACAUACAGAUGGCAUCAAAAGCUAUGUGACAAAACCAUAUUGUACCAAAAACACAGUUCCUUCUCAGUUGUAUUCUAAUCUGCUAUGCAAAUUCUGUAUUUUCCAUCUUCUCUGCAGAGUUGUGAUUUUAAUUUACGUUGCUACCCAUAAUAUAAACUUGUUUUUAUUGCUUAAAGUCUUUUUUUAUGUAUCUAAGAGGAUAUUUUAAGUGUCAAAGCACCAAGAAGAGUGGCUUCAGUUUUACAGAAGAAGUCUGGAAAAAGUAAUAUUACAUAUUUCUUUAUCAGCCACUGGUAAAAUUAAAGAGUAUUUUAUUAGUGUUUUUCACUUGCUGAUUUUCUCUUGGGCAGAGCCUGGAGGACAUUAGUGCUGCUUUUGUCUACAGUUAAUGGUAAUAUAUAUCUGAACAUUUUCACUAGAACAAACAUAAACAAAUAAACCAUGAUGUUUGAAAUAACUGCAAUUGAAUGAUUAAUUUCACGACAACAUAAUACUACAGGUUGCUAAUCCAAUAUAGAGGUUCAUUUUGUGAUAUCUUUCCCAUAUUUGAAAAGCGUAUUGAUUUGAUCCUCUGGAAUGAUGAAAAAAAAAAAAAUUCAUUUCGGUGACAUAACUCCCUCUCAUUCUGACAACACAGUAUUUUUUCUGUAUCAGAAAAUCCUUAUUAGUGUUUACAUGGAUCAACUCAGUUCGACUAGUACACAAUGUUCUAGUUUGCGUCACAUUCUCUAAAAAAAAAAAAAUAUUACUUUGAUGCAACAAAGUUAAGGGAACCUACCAGCCUGACAUUUAAAGCUUGCUACAGUAGUUCUGAUUUUAUCAUCACUGACAUCAGUAUUGCUUUUGCCUUCUCAUAUCAGCUUUGCACUUGACAAAUGCAAAUUUGCAUUUCAUGUUCCGCAUAAAUAAACAUCAGUGUGGCACAAUUAAUUAAUUUGUCACUUAAUAUGUCACUUUCUUUUGGUCAACUCUUUGUUCCUAUAUUUUGAAUUUGUCUGACUCCUUUUGACUUGGCCUGAUUGCCUUAAAAUGAGUCAGUUGUGUAUUUUUUUUUUAAGCAGAGUACUGCUGAAUUUCACCAUUUUGCGUUUUGUAAGUAUUUGAAAGUCUUUUGAUGUAAGAUUUUUAAGAGGAAUGGUAAUGCUUGCGUUUUUCUGACAUAUACGCACAAUUGAUCUAUACUAUUAUGAUUUGUCCAUCGAGUUAGCAUAAAGUUCUCAAAUGAUAAGAUGGGCUCUCUCUGAGUCCCCUUCUUACUGAGUAAACUAGCUUGUGGUUUGAAGUAAAUAUUUGAAUUUCAUAGGCCAACUUGUUUCAAACUUUUACUGCUUGUGAUUUUGAAUGUCAGAAAGUUGACAUAAUUCUUAUUUUUUUUUUUUUUUUUAUUGAGUCUCUGCAAAUCUCACUCUGAAUUGCAAUGGAAUCAUUUUUUUUUUUAACUUUCAUGGUAAUUUAUCUAGGGUUUUUUCUUCUUUUUGUCCCCCCUUCUGCAUGUUACUCUUUCACCUCUCACUUAUAGGCCAGAAACUUCAAUAUUUCACAUAAUCAUGAUAAUCUUCUCUCUGCAGCCCCUGUUCUAAUCUUGUAUUUUGUGAAUCCAGUUUUUUUUUUUCUCUCUCUCUCUCUCUCUCUUUUUUUGAAAUUGUACAGCAUUGGUUUACAGACAUUGUUACCAGAAUGCUGAAAUUGAGUUUUACCAGUGUGUUCCAGUUCUUAAAAAAUGCUUCAGAUCUGUAUUGGCUUUAUUAAAAAGUUAAAUAAAAAUGAUGUUUUAGAAACUAAAA